UUGGCACUUCCCAGCUCUCUCGGUUUGUCCUAGUCAUCGCCGACCGUGUCGCCGACGCGCAGCUUCCUCUGCCUUGACGCUGCAUGUGGCAUCCUCGUGUCAACCCGAUUCUCACUUAGCCCGGACGUUGUGAACCUUUGGGCUGGAUCCGUGGAUUCAGCAAAUCUCCCGCACUUGACAGCUCCCGCGGCUCACCUUGGAGACGAUCCCCGGUUGCUAUCUAAGAGCUUGUGUUUGCUUGACUAGGACACUCGAAGCUGUUGACCUCCUCGCCGCCUCUAGUACCGUCGCCUCGGGUCGACACCCCUCCUUCGCCACUUUGUCACCUCAAAGAUUUUCGCUUCCGAGUCGCAUUAUUGCAGGACACACCGCCGAGCACUGGAGCGGACCGUCUAAUUCAACUCACAGUCUAGAUUUCAUUCACUCGGCUCAAAUUCGACUCUCGCUCCGGAAUCUUGGCUCCGAGGAUCUGCGAAAUAAGCGGUUCGGACGUCGCGAGAUUUCAGCUUGACGACCGAGCUCUGACCUCUGCCGCAUCUUCCACUCGUCCCUUCCGUGCCGCGCUUCUAGCGAAGCUAAUUCCAAACUCCAGCAUCUUUACAUUUGUCUAAAGACUGGCCGCGAACGAUCGCGGUUAUGUACGCUGUUGAGGAUAGGGCGCAUUCCGGGCAUCACCCACCGCCGCUUUCGAUGGACCGUAUCCCACCCCCGUCUACUAUGUAUCCGAGCUCUGCAGGCCCCAGUGCUAUGGUUUCGCCAGCUGGUCAGCCGGAACCAGAGUCGCUUUCGACAGUGCAUGACGGUCGUAUCUGGUCCUUGCAAGUCGUGCAACAGCCGAUUCGCGCGCGGAUGUGCGGCUUUGGCGAUAAGGACCGAAGGCCAAUCACACCCCCUCCGUGUAUCCGUCUAAUCGUAAAAGAUGCGCAGACGCAGAAAGAAGUAGAUAUCAAUUCGCUAGACAGCUCAUUCUACGUCGUCAUGGCCGAUUUAUGGAACGCGGACGGUACACAUGAAGUAAAUCUUGUGAAGCACUCGGCUACAUCCCCUUCGAUAUCCACGGCCAUGUCUUCAUCGUAUCCACCACCGCCGCAUCCCACAUCCUCGGAUUACCCGGCAUCCUAUCAGACAAAUCCAUACGGCCAGCCUGUUGGGCAGCCUGUUGGGCAGCCUGUUGGAUACGCGGGAGUAGGCAACUACUAUGGCGGCAGCACCCAACUUCAAUACCAGAACGCUUAUCCUAAUCCCCAAGCCCAGUACUACCAACCGAUGUAUGGAGGCAUGGCGCAACCCCAGAUGCCUGCUGCUCAGCCAGUUACUCCAGGGCCUGGAGGCAUGUUCACGCGCAAUCUUAUCGGUUGCUUGAGUGCCAGUGCAUACCGGCUGUAUGAUACAGAGGACAAGAUUGGUGUAUGGUUCGUCUUGCAAGAUCUUAGUGUGCGAACAGAAGGAAUCUUCCGUCUGAAAUUCAGUUUUGUCAACGUCGGCAAAUCCGUUAGCGACCUCCCACAAUCGGAUAUUGCGGAGGUGAUCAACAAAGGCACUGCGCCGAUCCUUGCCAGCACUUUUUCGGAGCCCUUCCAAGUCUUUUCAGCGAAGAAGUUCCCUGGUGUGAUUGAAAGCACGCCCCUCAGCAAAGUCUUUGCGAACCAAGGAAUCAAGAUCCCCAUCCGUAAGGAUGGUGUCAAAGGUCAAGGCUCCCGUGGGCGCCACAGCGACGAGGACGAUGGUCUGGAUAACGAAUACUAA